AUGGGUUUAUUAUUUGCACCAAGUAACCGAUUCGAUACAAUAAAUAAUGACGAAACUAACGAAGCUUGGAUAUCCUCACUAUUUACUCCAUCAAGUUGCGGAAGUUACACAGUUUUGAAGAGGCCAUGUUCCACUAAAAAGUACCAAGAAAAUAUCUCUAUUACUUCCCAUACAGAAAAAAGCAGGGCCCCAAAAAAGCAACCAUCUUUAGUAUAUAGUGGAAGGCGACGGAGAACCGGAAAGAGUGCUUUCCAGAAUAUAACCAAGCCAAUAAAUGAUUCAAGGACUUUUGAGAGGGAUCAAACUAUCUCGUUGAAUAUAACACCGUCAAUGAAUUCGGUUCUUUCACAGAUUAAAAGGCACACCAGUUUAUAUUAUUUGAAUGAUAAAAGUAAUGCUGAAGAUGAGUACAGAAAGGGCACGCAAGACGCUAGGAAGAGGGAGGAUGCUGAUGAUGGUGUAGAUAACGUUCCGCUUCCUUGUAACAGCUUGAAGCGAUAUAAAGAUAAUAUAUCAACAUUAUAUUUACCGUCUGAUGAAAUAGAUACCCAUAGUGAUGUUUCCUCCAUUACGUCAUCUGUUUUACUGAGAGAAAUCUUGCAAACUGAUAGUAAUAAUUGGGAAGUUCUUAGAUCUGAAAGCAUUAAUCAAGAUGAUGACUAUAAUAGUAGUAGUAACGACCAUAAAGGUACGAGCGACCAAACCCAAAAUUUAAGUUUGGGAUAUGACGGUAAUAGCCAUCCAUUAUGUGAACCGGAAAUUCUCAAGGAAAAAGAAAACCUACACAGCACACCAAGAGUCAAAUUAUUGAAUAUGCCCGAUCUAGAUUUUCACGAUGAAUGGAAAAUAGAAGAUAUUAUUCAGACAUAUAAACCUGUUUAUGAAAUGGGGAAAGAGCCUACUGGGAAGGAAACAGAUAAAUAUAUAUCGACUGCAAUUAGGAUAAUAAAAAAGGAUCUGAGGUUAAAUGAUAGACCUGCUCUCAAUAAAAAGGAGAAAAAUAUUGACUUGAAAAUGCCAUAUGCAAGACAAAAUAACUCACUGUCUUCGAAGUUUUUACGGUCAACUUUAAAGGAUAAUGUUAUACGUGAUGAGACUCAAGUGGAAUUAGAAUCAUGGCCGACCUCGAUACCAUUAUUGAAGAAAGAAGAGGAAGAACUAAGAGAAGAAGUUUCAUUACUAGCUGAUAAGACUCAUUUUUUACCUAAUAAGCGUUCUAGACAGCAAAAAAUGAAUCCUAAUUUUUUGAAGCUUUAUUCUAUUGAAACAUCCUGCCGAUUAAAGAAUAUAUUACCGGAAAUAAAUAUUGAUGAUCAAGUAUUAAAGCAAUUAUCAUAUCAUGAUAUAAAGACCUUGCCAAUAAAAAAUCAACCCAAAAAGACAGUUAAUAACCACAAAGAAAUGGGGAAUGAGAGUAAAUAUGAAGAUGUCUCUUGUCAUGAUAUAAAAAUGGCAAUCAUUACUAAGAAGAAAUUAUGGGCAGAUAUGCUUCAUGAAACUAGAGAAGAUUUAUUUGGUGUUUCCUCACCAUGGAAUUUGAAAUUUGUCGCUGCUUGUAAUGAACAAGAAGAUACGAAAAAUACAAGUACUUUAGUUAGAGUACAUUCUGAGCUAAAACCUUGGGUAAACGGCAACACAACAUCGACGUUAUUGAAGCCUUGUGGUAAAUUGAAAAUUGAUAGAAGAUUUCCAUCAAGGGAAAUUCAAUAUGUAGUCAAGGGAUGGUGUGACAGCCGAUUUGUUAUUUGA